AUGACCAAUUUCCUAGACACGUCGUGCAACAUUUUUGCGCGUUGGCCAUUGGAAGAACUCUCAAGUGGGCCAAUAAUUUUCAAACCUGUGUUCCGAUGGUUGCUCACGCGGACUCGAUCAAUAAAACAAGUAACCGGGACGCAGUUUCCCCGUGUGCUUCCGAUAUAUGAUCUCCUUUUCACCCCCGUGAUAGGUGAGUAUGAUGUCAAUCUUGAAAUGCAGUUCGGUUAUACGUCAGGGAUUUCUUUCCUUUCUCCACUACACCCAGCACCCCAUCACGCCACGCUUAUAACGAGCUCAAUGAGCCUCCUCCGUCCGUUCAAGGCGACAGAGUUGUUCAAGCCCUCCAAUAGAACCUUCAACUUGAAUUACGAGGUGACUUUGGAUUCCUUCCUGAAGCAACCUAGAUAUCCGGUCCGAAACAGUCUAUCAUAA